AUUUGCUAAAAUCAUAAUGUUUGGUUGAGUUGUAAAUAUACAACUUUCAAUUUGCGUACAACAUUACAUGGAUCGAAGAAGCUGUGAUAAAAUGUCAAAAAACAAUGAAAAUUCAAUAGGCCAGCAUAACACUUGUAUAAAGAAUACUCGGCCGAAAAGAGUUAAGUAUCGCACAAUCGAGCUAGAAAGUUGGUUAACUUCUCGGUCAACUAUAACUCUGGCUCCGUUUCGAAAAUUAAGCAUCUGCAAUGGCUAUAAGUACGUGCCGACAUGGAAUCAGAUUAAGCCGCCAUAUUACAAAAAAUUCUUAAUUGCUGGAAAGAAUUUAUCACUCACUGUUAUAACAGAUAAAAGUCUGUUUAAUGCUACCGAUCGAAAAUAUCCCAGUAGUGAAUCCUCAAUCUGCGAAUCAUCCAGUAGCGAAUUAUCUUUUAGCGAAUUCUGUAUCGACGGAAUCUCCAGUUGCGAUUCCUCCAUCGGCAAUAUAUACAGUGACAUCUCGACCACCGAUUCCACUAGUUGCGAAUCCUCCAUCGAAUUUGAUUCGGAUCAGACGACGCCUUGAAUCAGUCACUACACAGUACGAGUGAAGUAAAAUAAAUAUGUAUGUUUCUUGAUUAUAAGUCCAAUUUAGUCCACCGAAAUCAAAUCUA